GGGCGGCGCGCGUGGCGCCCCCCCGCGGCGGCGGCGCGAUGGAGCUGGCGGCGGCGCGGCGCGCGGUGCUGGCGGCCGUGCGGGGCACGCGCGCCGCCGACCUGCCGCGCCUGCUGCACUGGAUGCGCAACUCCCAUGACUUUGAUGAGCUUGUGGUGAGUAACAAUGAUGUUGUGCUCAGAAAUAUCGCUGAAGAUUUGCGGAAUCGUUUACCCAUCGAGGCAAUGUUUACUUCGGAACAUCAGGCUGUUCAGAAAAUACAGCAGCAUCCACUGCCCAUGAUUCAUGUUGAUGCAUUCCUUUAUGAUGAUGAUGUUGUUGAUUCAUUGUGUGAGGAGGGGAAAAUGAGUAGGAGCUACUGCACAGAGUGUGGCUCAUACAAAACUGCAUCUUUAGAGUUUAUUUCGCAUUCCUUUUCCCUCAUGGAACUGAAGUUUCUUUAUCAACAUGUACUGCCUGACCUGACAGGAAAGGUAGUGGUUGACGUUGGCUCCAGGCUUGGUGCAGUGCUAUUUGCGGGUUAUCUUUAUAGCUCAGCUUCCCAGCUGUAUGGAGUAGAAAUGAAUGCAGACUUUUGCCAGUUGCAAGAAAUGAUGAUUACAAAGUAUGAGUUCAUUGACAGAAUAAAGGUGGUUCAUGCAGACAUCUGUACUCAGCCCUCACUUCUGCAGAAGGCUGAUGUUGUUGUAAUGAAUAAUGUCUUUGAAUAUUUUCUUGACAGACAGGAACAGGCCAGAGCUUGGGAAUUUAUUGCUUGUAAUGUAAGGAAAAGAGGGUCCUUAUUAGUGACAGUUCCAAGUCUUGAGGAAUCACUUUCAAAGCUCCAGGCAGAUGUACAGCUCAGUCAAUGGGUUGAAGAGGUGCGGCUGAACUAUGAUGUUUAUAUGGAAAAGGAUAUUGACAGAGAAGCGCUGGAACAGAUACAUUUAUACAAGAUUCUCUAGUACAUGGAAAAAUUUACUAGGUCAUGGUUUAGAAUUUAAUCUUCUCUCUAUCCCUGACUUCAGUUGUAACCUCUGUCCACAUCAUCUUUUUACCUGGAUCAUCAUCUUUACAGCACACACCACGUUUGAAAGAGAUAUUUUAAUUUUUUUUCCUUCCUGUAAAGAUCUGAAACCCAAGCAGAAAAAUAAAGUUUUCUCAUCCUUUUAAAUUAUUCUUAGUGUGAAUUGAUUUUGUGGUAUUGAUUUUUGGAAUACUGUCUGUAAGCAGUUAUAUUUUGUGCAAUAUAUUAAAUAGUAAAAACAAUUGAGUGCAUGCAUUUAUAAAAAAUAGAAUAAUUCAUUAUACAUAUAACACAUGCCCCUAUGUACACAGACAUAAUCAUAGAAAUUCAGUCAAUCAAUGUAGUUCCUGGUUCAUUAUUUCAUUUAUUUUUCUAUUCUAUGUUCUCACUAAAAAUCUUAUAAUGAUCUUGCAGUUAUCUUUUUCAGUGUAGAACAGCAUAUACACUUGAAACUUACUGGGAAAAAACACCCCAUGAAUUUCCAUGCAUAGCUGAGUAAGAAAAUUAGUGAACGAUGCAUUGCAGCAACACACAGAAUAAACCAGGCAGCACUUUAUACGUAAAGUUACAUAUUCACUACAAGAAGGUGGGUUUAAAUUCAAUGUCACAAUGCCAUCACCUGCCCUAGCUGAAAAGCUUUCUUUAGGUUUUAAGGCGGUUGCAUGUAAGCUAUUAAAAAAAGAAUCCCAAAAUAAGCAAACUCCUUGGAAAUUUUCUGCUUCUUCUUUGUUUCAAAAGAAUCCAGGAAAUGAUAGACAUAUACAUACUUUAAAUCAAAGUCCAGGGUCUGAUGAAUAGGCUACCUGACCUUUCCCAGGGAGACACAGCUGGGAGGGCUAGAGAGGGCCAGUGCAGGGAUGAAGGGCUCCUUGGGGCUCUGCCUAGCUGGGGCAAGAGCUGUGUUUAUGCAUAAUAAUUUCUGAACUGUGUAUUUUCCACUCUUUUAUGAGUUGUCUGCUAUUGCUUAAGGGUUCACCUACAUGCUGGUUUUGGGAUUUAUUUACCUGUAGAUCAGAAAGAGCUAGUUAUAUGGGUAUAAGCUGUAGUGCUAAAAACACCAUUAGCCUAGUAUAAUUAUGUUCACCCUAGCAGGGCAGGAAGUCCCUUUAUUAAUAUUCUUAGGUUAGAACAUUAUAAAAGCAUUACAAAAAAUUAAAUCAUUCCUGAGAGCAAAGAGAUCAGAUGAAUGAGCUACAUUGCAAACACUGGUUGGUAUACGUUAGUGUUUAUAGUGAUAAUGCUGGUACUUCAGAAUAAUCUGCAUUGUAACUUUAAAAUAAAUUCAUAAAUCUUUCCAUUUA